UUUGUGUGUCUCGUUCUCUCUCUCCGACUCUCUCUCUAUUUUGUCACUCUGUGAGUGAGUGAGCGAGCGAGGGAGCGAGUGUGCCCGUCUAUGGUCGUGAAGUUUGUCUCUCCGUGCGCAGUUUCCCUUCUUUCUCCUGCGCGUGUCUGUGUGUGGCGGAGAUCCGCAGUGAGUGUGAGUAUGUCCUGACAGGGGGAAGGGAUGGAGGGCGUAGGAGUGUACGCAAUUUCUUAGCAUGUGAAGGACGGCUGUAGCAGUAGCGAUUCGGAGCAUGACGAGGUGCUGUCGGUGGUGGAAAGUUAGGUCUGCGAGAUGAGGAGGAGGAGGAGCAGGAGGAGGAGCGCACAGAGUCCUGGAGGGGGCGACUUUGAGGGACAGUGGCGUUGGUGUGAGGUGAGGUGAGGUAAUGGGAAUGUUGGACGAGCGUUGUGGUGAUCGUUGUUUAUGUCGAGAGGGUUGAAAACGUCGUUGGUUUAAGUGAAUGGGGAGUUUGAGAGGUGACUGUUGAAGAGAUUAGGUGUGUGUGUGUGUGUGUGUGUGUGUUUGGAGUCUUGAUCAGUGAUAAAAAAACGGAGCUUUUUGUGUAUGCAAUUUCGACGCUUCGGAAGUGGGUGCGAGUUGGCGCGGGAAUACUGCGUCGCUUUGUGUGUUCAUAGUUUCAAGGAGGUGAAGUGGCGUCUGCUGGAAUCGAGAUUUGGUGUAUCGGGUUGCGAAGUACUUGACGGAGCACAAGCGCUAGACCGCAGUUGUGGCAGCUUAGGCCCUGAACGGCUGAUGUCGAUUAGCUUAUGAAUCUAUAGUGGUACGGAGACGUUAUGCGGUCUCUGCGUUGUCGAAAGCGACUUAGGCGUUUGAGUCACUCGGAUGCGAGCAAGUAGGAAUGGGAAAGACUAUAGACUUAAACAGAGGUUUGGGAAUUGGUUACCUAUGUGGUUUUGUCGAAUUCGGAUCUGUGCAUUCCAGGGUAGUUUAGGUCUAUAUUACAAGUAACGUCGGUCCCAUCAUCACGCAUUUAUCAUCGGCCCACCGUGGUCCCUACGUCACUCCAUAUGGAAGUCAUAUCUUUGAGGGAGGAUGAUCGGGUGGACCUGACGCAACGAGAAAUACAUGUUGCUCUUUUGCACAACUCUGCGGUGGCGGAGCGGAGUCACACUGUCAGGGAGCGGGAGUUAGUCGUGGAGCGGGGAUUAGAAAUGCAGGACCGAGAUACGCACUUCAUUUCAUCUGCACGAGCACAGGCUUUGGUGUCUCCCAUGGGCUUGCGGUCGACGUUUAGUAAACGCAAACUGGACGAUUAUGAGAUAGGAGUGGCUGAAUCGUCUGUGUCCGGAACCUCUCAGGUUCGCGCGAGAAGAGAGACUAGAGAAGAUAUCCAGGAAGGAAGUGUGACGGAAUCUAGCGGAAGAGAAAGAUUUGAGAUAGGAAGGUCAGUCGCUGCAGCGGAAGCGCAGUCUCUUGAUGGGGAAAGUCAAAUGCGUGAAGAAGAUGGUAACGCUGCCAUUGACGACGACUCCACCUGGGAAGAUGGCUCGAAUUGGAAUUUGGGUUCCUCGGGGAAAGUAAGUGAAUGGAGUAAGGAACCUCCCGACAAAUUUGAGGACAACAGCAUAGGGGACGAGGGCAUUUGGGUUGAAGGUGUCAGUGAGGACCACGGCAGCACCCUUCAAGCCGUCUUGGAUGGGCCCUUGAUGGCCGUUGAUUUUGGGAACAAUCCCAAUGAGUUGACUUUGUCAAGCGACAUCUCGAAUAGUUCAUUGCUCACAACUAGUUCAUUACCCGGAGGGUCAUUGUCUUCUUUAGGGAUUAGUGAUGUUGGGAGUAUGGCGGUUGAGCGAGGUGAGACAGGGAACAAUCAAGGGAGGAAUGACAAUCUCGCAUCAUCAGAUGUAGAGGUAGAGGGAGAAGCAGAAGUUUAUGAUGGGGUUUCUGGAAAAGAGCCAGAAAGAAAUGGGAUGGCUGACAGUCUAGAGGAGUCGAUCAGUUUAGGUUUUAGAAAUUUGAGUACUUUGAUAGCUCUACCUGGUAAUUUUGAGUCUAACAGUAACAGCAGCAGCCUUUCAAGUCAAGCUGUUGAGAGAUUAGAGAGAAUUGAUGGAUCCUCUUCGUCACUCGUAAAAUCGAGUCCUGCUCGUCUCCAAUUCUUUGUGCGGGCCUAUGGUCGUACAAUUGUUAUGCACGCCCAUCCAUCGGAUCUUGUGGAGUCAGUACACCAACAGAUUUUUGCGAAGACUGGACUUCCCGUCUCAGAACAAAGACUCAUUUUUGGUCGGUUGCAGCUCCAGCAAGACCAGACUUUGGAGUCUUGCCAGGUUGUUAAUGACGCUACGCUUACCCUAGUCGCUCGGAUGAGAAGUACUGCUCUCCCUGCUUCUUGGCAGCUCAUCAAUGAUCUUGUCGCUACUGUCAGGCACAUGUGUGCCGUUGGUGACCAACAACUUGGACUGAAACUGAUGCAUUCACAAGAUUGUGUGCGAGCAAGCGUGCAGGAGUUUUUGAAAAUGGCAGUGAAAUCUGUGCCCGUCUCUGAGCACAUGCAAGUUUUUGAGCUAGCCGGAGCAACAUCUGCCUUGGUUAUGUUGCUUCUGUCUCCUGUUGAGAGUAAUAGAGAAUGUGCUGAAGAUGCAAUUACCCUAUUCCUAUCUUCAAAUGAUGAGUAUCUUCCUGCCAGCAUUCACUGCCAUUGUGCACCUGUCCUCCUAGAUUUUUGCAAACUUCUAGCCAGAAGUGCCCGAAACCAUAAUUUGUACGCAUCCUGCCGACAAGCAUUGGCUAGGUUGCUCGACACCAUUGGGGUAGCUCAUGGGAGUCCUUUCUUCAACGAAGCUAAAGCUGAUAGUAUCGUCGAGAACUUCGCUCCAUUUGUGAACGAGCUUUCUGUGUGGUUGACGCAGAAUUUGCGAUGUACUGCUAAGGCUUACGCGGGCAAGGAAUCAUCUGCCUGCUUUUCUGCGUAUGUGAAGGAAGCGAAGGACUUUACUGCAUUUGUGAUACCUCUUUGUAAAGCUAUUGAGGUUUGCAAAGUUGUAGUUACGUCUGGAUCUGAAAACAACACAAAAGAAUCCACAGUCGUGCUUACUGAGUGCCCUCACGGUGGCGCUACGGACCCUGAAGGGCUGCUAACAGAGUACGAUUUUGCAAGAAACAGAGCACCUGGUGUGGGUGCUGAGAUUGGAUCUCACGGUUGGCUGCAACAGUUGUUCAAAGAUCUCUUACAAGAGGUCGAUAGCUGUCUGGAAGCCGUUGGGCUUAUCCCUGAGCGACAUAACGAGUCAUUUGGGCCAGGGUCAACAUUGCCUGAGGAACGGCCCUUUGAAUGGGCUCCGUUUCUGGUUGUUCUCAAGGGACUGCACGCCAUUGCAAAGCUGUAUGAGGGAGCGAUGGCUAACCUCAUGGAGAUGCUACUUCUGCGACGAGUUUCGUUGAAUAUCCUAAUUAGACAAUCUCGGCGGCAGCUGGACGACGAUUUCUGGUUAUUGGAUCACAAAACGUUAUUGGAAUUUGAAUCAAAGAGACGUCUUGUGAUGGCUAUGCUCCCUGAACCUCAAGAUGAUCAUGAUGAACGACAAGAAGUAGUAGUGAAGCGAGCAACGCUCCUGACGGAGUCUUUUGAGCAACUCGCGUACGUUGAGCCUGAAGUGCUUCAGGGAGGUAUCUCUGUGGAGUUUGCCUCUGAGGAAGCUACUGGACCAGGGGUAUUACGCGAGUGGUUUUGUAUGAUUUGUCGAGAAAUUUUCAACCCUCAAAAUGCCCUUUUCUUGCCCUGUCCCAAUGAUAGACGAAGGUUUUUCCCGAAUUCUGCGUCUGGGGUUAAUCCAGGACAUCUGACGUACUUUAGGUUCUGUGGACGAGUAAUUGCUCUUGCAUUAAUGCACCGUGUUCAAAUGGAUGUGGUCUUUGCUCUCUCUUUUUUCAAACAGCUGGCUGGGCUGCCUGUUGUGUGGGAGGAUGCAAAAGAUGCUGACCCAUUACUCUAUGAAAGUUGCAAGAAGAUUUUAGAGAUGGAUGCAGAUCUGAUUGAUACUGAUAUUUUGGGUUUAACCUUUGUUAGUGAAGUUGAAGAAUUGGGUUCCCACAAAUCAAUGGAACUUUGCAUGGGUGGAAAAGACAUGGUGGUGACUAGUGCCAAUCGGAGACACUUCAUUGAACUGCUGGUCCAACGACGGUUAGUAUCUUCUGUUGCAGAGCAGGUGAAAUCGUUUUCACAAGGUUUCUCCGAUUUGCUAAUGAAUAGCACCCAGCAACAAUUCUUGAGAGCUUUGGCACCUGAGGAUCUUGAUCUUAUGCUGUAUGGAAAGGAUAGAAAUAUCUGUCUUGAAGAUUGGAAAGCACAUACUGAAUACCAUGACUACUGUGUAACCGACGAUUACAUAGUCUGGUUCUGGCAGGUUGUGGAAAAAAUGACUUCAUAUGAGCGUAGAAGACUUCUCUUCUUUUCAACCUCAGUGACACACUUGCCGGCAGAAGGUUUUGCAGGGCUUUCAUCAAAGUUUCAUAUCCACAGAGCUCACACGGAUAUAAGUUGGUUGCCGACUGCCCAUACAUGCUUCCAUCAGCUAGUUCUUCCAGCUUACCCAACUUAUGAAAUCAUGUGUGCUCGUCUGUUAGCAAUCACAGAUUGCCACAUUGCUGAAGGGUUUGGAUUUGCUUAGGGAAUAAGAUAGGUAGAAAAUUGCAUAAAUAGUACAGAUUCAGCCUGUUCUGUGGAGCAGGACACUAUUUGGGAGGAUAUAAGUACCGUCACCCUUGCCAAGAAACGGUAACUUUACUGCUCUAUAUCAAGCUUGGUGAUAGUCAUUGUUCAGGGUGGAAUUCCUUUCAUUUGCUGUAGAGUGUAUGUAAAGCAUUUAACAUAAUGUCGCAAGACUUUCUAGUUCGUUUGAGAUAUUCGUUAAUAGAUCAGGUUGAGAAUCUGAUUCAUCCACAUGCUCCUUUGACUUCGAGGAAAUAAACGUGUCGGUUCCUGUCA